GCUUCGCUUUCAAAUAAUCUUGUCUAACACCACUUUCAAUCCAAACAACCCGCAAAAAUGUCUGAGUUAUGCAACCAGUACCUCGCCGACACCUGGAACCGCGACAAGGUGAUGGCUAUUGUCCAAUUUGCGCCCAUGAUGCUCGCUGGACCCGUCAAGGCUCUGACCGGUUGCGAGGAACUCAGUAAGGCCUUUACGAACCUGUCGAAUAUGUCGGACUCGUAUCGUGCGAUUACGCGUCUCUCCCUUCUCCUGCGCGCGGUUUCAAAAGAAACUCUCAUUUCGCUCGUUAAACCACAGGGCGAUGUCAACCUCGAGCGCUGCGACCAACUGACCCACUUCUUCCACGUACUUUUCUGCUUAUUUGAGAACACGACGGUUCUCGCCAAGCAUGGCGUGUUCUGCGCUCAGCUGCGGAACUUUGGCCAGUAUGCCACCGUUUGCUGGUUCUACACCCUUUUACUGGGUGUUCUGCGCCAGGUGUACGUCCUGACGCGCAGUAAGACGUCUGGGAAACAGCGUAACCAACUCCUCGUGACGCUGCUGAAGCUUUCUUCCUUCCUUGUGUUCGCAUUGACCUGCAUGCCCAAGGACGGCCUGCAACUGCUGCAAGGCGCCUCCGGCCCCAUCGUUCCGCUGCAUAAGGCCAUUGCCCUGAUCACACCCAAACACCUACCGCUCUCUGACACCAUCCGCGGUGCUCUUGGCUUCGUUGCCUCGACAUGCGAUUUUUACUAAAUAAAAGGUAUAACAAAGUGUGUCGCUCAUCGCGCAGCAUGGGGUCUGGGCCGUCGUAUCAAUGAAUUAUGGCUAAAUGAACAAUUGAAACGAUCGGUGUUUUUAGUACUAUCUACCCCUCCCACAAUCUUGAAUUGGAGUUGCUGGGGUUGAUGAAUGCACGCAUGAAUAAAGUAACUGAUAGCAUAAUAAGGCGAUGCUUCUGGAUGGGGAAGGCACAGAUAUACAAAAAUAUAUAAAUAUAUACACAGUUUUGGGCGUUCAUUUAAUUUCGAGGAGGUAUUAUUUUUAUUUUUAAGACUUCAAAAGGAGAUUGACUGUUAUGAUUAAAUAUUCCAAAACACAAUUUUUCGAAAAUAACAAAGGAAUGUAGGAGUCAUUUUCCAAGAAAAAUAACAGAGAAUGUUUUUCAAAUCUGUUUUUGUGUCCCGAAAUGCGCAGAGGAAAGGAAUAAAUAUCAAGUAGUAGAUUACAAUGCAAAAAAAAAAAA